AUGGGUGGGCGUUCAGAAAGCCUUUCUAGAAAACUAGAGGAAGACAUACAUGCAGCUAACCCUUUCCUUGUAUCCGACGAGAGGUCCAGCACCCUAAAGGAGGUUGAGCCUGUUGAUAGCAUUUCGACAAAAACCACACCUAAAUGGGUUCAUUUCAUCGCUGGCGGCACAGGGGGGAUGGUUGGUGCUAUUGUUACCUGUCCCCUUGAUGUUGUAAAGACUAGGUUGCAAUCAGAUUCUUACCACACUGCAUACAAUAAAACUCCCAAGUCUGGGAACCCAGUCAUAAAAGGGUUUCAACAUUUCAAAGAAACCUGCGGCGUCAUUCUGACUAUAUAUCGCACCGAAGGCGGAAGAGCUCUUUUUAGAGGCUUAGGCCCCAACUUGGUGGGAGUCAUUCCAGCAAGGUCCAUUAACUUUUUCACAUAUGGGUCAGGUAAGGAAAUCAUCCUGAAGCAGUUCAAUAACGGCGAGGAGGCUACAUGGGUUCACUUGGUGGCUGGUAUCAGUGCUGGUUUUGUGACAGCUACAGCCACCAACCCAAUCUGGCUAAUCAAGACCAGACUUCAGUUGGACAAAACUAGAGGUAAGAACUACAAGAAUUCAUGGGACUGUCUAAAAUACAUCGUCAGGACAGAAGGUGUGAAAAAUUUGUAUAAAGGGUUAAGUGCAUCAUAUUUGGGAGGUAUUGAGUCUACAUUACAAUGGGUCUUGUAUGAACAAAUGAAAGCGUUUCUCAACAAAAAAUCAUUAGAAAUUCAUGGCCACGAUGAGACCAGUAAGACCACAAGAGAUCAUGUCUUAGAAUGGUGUGCACGUUCCGGUGCUGCGGGUGCUGCGAAAUUCGUUGCAUCUCUAGUCACGUAUCCACACGAAGUCGUGCGAACAAGGCUCAGGCAGGCCCCGGUGGUGGAGACCGGAAAGCCGAAAUACACGGGACUAAUACAGUGCUUCAAACUCGUUAUCAAGGAAGAGGGGUUGGCUAGCAUGUACGGCGGUUUGACUCCGCAUUUGCUACGGACAGUUCCAAACUCAAUAAUCAUGUUUGGGACUUGGGAGAUCGUGGUUAGGCUUCUAUCUUGA